AUGAUGGGAACAAAAGAAGAGCCGGGUUUAAUUCCUCGUUUAUGUAAAGAACUCUUUCAACGAAUUAAUCAAAAUCCAACCAAUAUUAAAGUCGAAAUUUCUUUUUAUGAAGUUUAUAAUGAAAGAAUAAGGGAUUUGUUAAGCAACUCAAAACUCUUAAAAGUCCGAGAACAUUCCCUUCUUGGUCCAAUAGUUGAAGGUCUUUCAAUCUUUCAAGUUACUAAUGUUGAACAAAUUAACCGAUUUAUUUUAAUUGGAAAUAGACAAAGAAGUACAGCAGCUACUUUAAUGAAUGAACAAAGCAGUAGAAUUGUUGCUGUAGAAGACAAAAAUUUUACUGGGGAAACGGUUAGCAAAAUAUCUCUUGUUGAUUUGGCUGGAAGCGAAAGAGUUCAAAAAACAGGUGCAAUAGGAAAACGAUUAGAAGAGGGCUCAAACAUUAACAAGUCAUUAACUGCUUUGGGGAAGGUUAUUGCUGCUCUAGCUUCAAAUAAAAACAAUGGAAAUACGACACAACCAAAAGGAGGAACGAACAACAAAUAUUUUGUGCCGUAUAGAGACAGUGUGCUUACUUGGCUUUUGAAAGAAAAUUUGGGUGGAAAUAGCAGAACAACAAUGAUUGCAACAAUUUCCCCGUCUUCAGAACAUUAUGAAGAGACUUUGUCUACCUUGAGAUUUGCUGAUAGAGCUAAACGUAUUCAAACAAAUGCUGUUGUUAAUGAGGAUCCAAAUGCCAAAAUAAUACGAGAACUUCGGGAAGAAGUUGAGAGAUUAAAAUUACUUAACCAAACAACACAAGAAAAACAACAAGAAGUUUUACAAGAAGCAAUGGCACAAAUAGCAGAGCAACACAAUAGAGAAAAACAAUUAGCUUUGGAAAAGCAAUAUGAAGAAUUUUCUGAAUAUAUUAGGGAUUUGUUGAUUAAUGCACAAUCUCCAUCUUCUGUAGCAGCAACCCCUUCCGGGCAAUUUAAUGGUUUUUCUCAAUUUUGUGAUAAUGAAAAUAUUAAAAACGACAAAAAUAAAUUUUUGGAGUGGGCUAAUGAAAGAGAUCAAUUAUUCACAGCUAGACUAGAAUAUUUACAAAAAUUAAUUCAACAAGCAAAUAAACUUUGUUCUGAUGCAAAUCUUUUAUCAGAAAUGUUUGCAAGAAUUUUUAGAAAAAAUGCUCGAAUAUAUUAUUCUGUUAAUUUACAUAUUCCAAUAAAUAAUUUGAAGCCGUCUUUUUUGAAUUUUAAGACAUUUCGAAAGAAUUCAUUAAAUGAAGAGGAAGAAGAAAAUAACAAUUCUGAAUAUUUUAAUUGUAUUUGUGAACCUGUAAUUUUGGCUGUUUGGGGGCAAAUAAAUAAAAAUAAUAAAAAUUGUUUUUCUAAAGAAGUUGCUAAUGGAGCUUUUCAACAAUUUAGUAUUGAAGAAAUUAAUUUAAAAUUAGAAGAAAUGAGAGAAGCAAUUUCAACAGCUUCUUUAAAUUCUAAUUUAACGACAAUAAAUGAUGGAUUAAAUAAAUGGGAUGAAAUGGAGGAAUUGGAAUGUAAUUGCAAUAAACGUUCAUUUAUUUUGCAAAAACAAAGUCUUGUCGGCGUUGCAAAUGUUUAUUUGGGUGCUUUAUUACACAAUUUAACUUCUCCAAUGCAAACCCAAGUUUUAAUUAUUAAUCAACAGGGAGAGAUUAGCGGAAAACUUUUUGUUCAAAUACACAAAACUGCUUUGUUAAGUACUAGUGAAUCGUCAGAAUCUAUGGAAUCCUAUGAUAAAGAGGAGGCGGAAGAUGUUAUUUUAGAAGAAUUAAAUGAAGGAAUUGAAAGACAAUUACUUGGUCAAUCGAUUGUUGCGAAGGUAGAAAUUUUGAAAGCAACAAAUUUACCUUUAAAUCAAUCUCACCUUGUUUUUUGUCAAUAUUCAUUUUUUGAUCAGCCACAAUUAAUAAUUCCAAGUAUUACAAAUGUAGAAGAAGAUACGCAAAGUAGUAGAGAUACUCCCAGCUCUUCAGAUGUUUAUUUUAACUCGAAAAAUGAAUUUGAAUUAGUUUUUACACAAACAUUUUUGGAUUACAUACAAGAAGAAGCACUUUCCAUAGAAGUUUGGGGACAUAAAAGGCCUUUAGAUGAUGAAGAAGAAAUUGAGGAAAAAGUACAAAAAGAGAAGAAUUAUUUGAAUAAUUUUGUUGAACAAAAAAUGCAAAUACUUCAAGAACGUUGGAAAGAAGUUACUAAAAGAUUGGAAAUAUUUUGUGAAAUUCUUGAAUUGAACGAUGUUGGAGAAUAUAUUCCAGUUAAUGUCGAUACAGAAAAUAAUUGUGGAAGUGGAGGGAUUUAUCGACUUCGACCCGGCCAACAACGCCGUCUACGUCUAACAAUAUCUUCUCUUGAAGAAAAUGGUGGUUAUUUGCCUUUACAUUUAGAAGAUGUUUGUAAAGUUUCAGUUGGUUCUAUAAUUUUAAAUGAAGAAAAAGAAGAAAAAAAUGCAAAAAAAUUAUUGGAUAGUUACCAAGAAAAUGAUUUAAUUAAAAUUGGAAAUCUUUGGAGUAAUUUACUUUUAAAAAGAGAAAAAUAUUUACAAAAAGAAUUGAAAUCUUUAAAUAAUUUUGAAGAAAAAGAAAGAGAAAAUUCUUUAUUUUUAUCUUGGAUAGAAUUAAUUGAAGAAAGAAAUGCUUUGUCUUUACCUACAAAAGAAGGAAUUCCUGGUGCUUUAAUUGAUUUAAUUAAUUUGGAAGGGUUUGAAAAAUAUUGUCCAAUUAUUUUUUUGGACAGAAAAGAAAAUGAAAUUAAUUUAAAUGAGGAAUGUGAAGACGAAAAUAUGUCUAUUAUGGGAGAUGAUUGUUUACUUUUGGUUGAAAAUACAGGAGAAGAUGACAAUUUGGAAUUGGUUAUUACAGAAAAGGAUAUAAAUCAAACUCGCUUUUCUGUAAUAUGUCCGUGGGAUAGCUCUUUACAUGAAUGUUCUGCAAUGAAUCGAGAAUCAAAAAUUGGGGAAUAUAUUUAUGUUAUUGUUAAGGUUUAUAUUAAAAUAUCCCAACCAAUCAACGCUUGCUUAGUUUUGAGAAAACGUUUAUGUCUUCAAUUUAUUUCUUGUGAACAACGUUCUCAAAAUUUAUCAACAACUCGUUGGCAUUCCCUUUUCUUUUCUUCUUGGCCUUUAAGUAAAAAUGGUUCGAAAAUUUAUAUAAUUCUUUCCAAAAACAUUUUAACCUUUCCAAAUAAAUUUUGA